UUGAUCGAUUCAUCAGCUCUCGUCGGACGUAUUCGCGAAUGUCAACGGCCAUGGAGUGUUUCGUUAUUCGUUCCUAGUUGCUGCCUAUUCAUUUUAUUGAAGUUGUAAUUGCUUACGCUUACUAUGGAUAAUUGGUUCGAAUUGUGUUUUUUUCACGUGUGCGCCAUCAUUCCAAUGUGCAAUUGAUUUGCAACAUACAUUGAGCGUAGUUUACGAAGGAGGAACGGGUCGCUUUGGAGCGUGGUUUGUAAAUAUGGCGUCCACUGUUGGCCGUCACCUUGCCGAAGGAGCUGCUUGUCGACCUGUUUAGUCGAAAAAAUUGUAGACUUUCAGGAUAAUCUGAUACGAUGGAUAGUGCAAGAGCUGCAUUCAGUGGUUUCCUGCUGACUUACUAGCGAGAUUAAUUUCGUGGAUUAAAUCACCAGUCAGUUGUGUUUUUAAAACCUAAUUGAAAACGUGUAUUAAAAAGUUUCUAACUUUAACAAUAAUAAUUUGACCUUAAUAAACAGCGUUACACGCAGUUAAACUUCUAUGUCACUUAGCCGUUGCAACGGGCAACGUAACUCUGUCAACAAACUGCAGCUAUCCUGCUAUGUGUAAUGGUGAAAAGUAUGCAAGCCAAUACAUCACGCAUCGUUGCCUAAUACCUCGGAGGGGGGAAGAUGUAUUAAAAAUUCCGCUUGUUGGCUUAAUUCUACAUGCAAAAAAUUACCAUAUUUUUUGUGCUGUUCGCCUUCAAACCAGUCUAUGUGAUCAGUGAUCUUCUGGCGUAUUUUAGCUAUACGUGUAUCAGUUCUUCAGUGUUUAAACCGCCGCGACCGCUUAUGUAUGUGUGCGUUUGAUCGUGCGCGCGUGAAGGUGUAUCAAUGAGGAAUUACUCCAGGAGAAUACCAAUUGCGCAAAACAUCAGCGGAUCGCACGAAGAAAAGUACGACCAAAGUGUUGUUGAAAAUAUCACAAAGAAAAGAAAACGUGUAUAGUAAGAAAACAACAACAGAAGAAAUAAUCCACUCUUUCUCUGUGCAUCGCGGUGACGGCAAGCGUUCCAGUUGCAGCUAGCGCGGUGGCCGUAUGCUGCGCCAGGUGAAGCGGGUGGAACGCCAACUUAACUAAACUCAAGUGAGUUCGACGGGGCUAUGAACAACGAACAGCCAUCCGAAAAGGAAAAGAAAACGCAUUCGUGCAGCCUUCUGGAAGUGUGCACAGUGGAAGUCCCUCCAGCAGAAGAUCAAAAUCAAUAGACCAUGUGAAACAGGACAAAUACCCCCAGACAUGCAUAAUGAGUCUACAGUACAAUCGACACGGGAGAAACAGCUCCCCAACAGUGUACCGGAAAACACGAAUCGGUCCCCCCUGCACGAGGCGGCAUCGAAUGGCGACGAGGCGGCGGUGGAAGCGCUGCUGGCUACUGGAGCCGACCGAAACGCGAAGGAGUCACUGCAUGGCAACACACCACUGCACGAGGCCUCCUGGAAGGGCUACAGCCGCUGCGUGAAAAUCCUAUGUUCCUUACCAAAAGUGCACAAACCGAAUACUGCCAGCAACCACAGCGGUGGGGCCACCGCUAAACUGUCGAUCGAUCUGAUCAAAGACUCGAGCAAAAUCAAAAACGUGCUACAAGAUACGAAAGGUGCGUUGCACAGUGCCCUGCUCGGAACACGCAACUCUGGCGGUUUUUCGGCGCUUCAUCUGGCAGCCCAGAAUGGGCACAACCAAAGCUGUCGGGAAAUACUCCUAGCCGGGGCCGAUCCCGAUGUACAAAACAAUUACGGCGAUACCCCCCUUCAUACAGCGUGCCGCUACGGACACGCCGGUGCCAUCCGAAUUCUUCUCUCGGCCAAAUGCGAUUUUGAGCGGAUCAACCUCAACGGCGACACGGCUCUGCACAUCGCCUGUGCCAUGGGUAGGCGUAAAUUGACCCGGAUUCUGCUCGAGGCUGGCUGCAAGCAAGACACAAAAAAUGCUCAGGGUGAAACUCCAAGAGAUAUCGCCAUUCGCAAAAACCUGGUCGAAAUCAUCAACAUCCUCAAUACGCCAGUGCAGAUCUCAGCGCGAAACGCUCGCGAGCGUAGCUCCAGCAGUUCUCACCGGAAAGACCACAGCGGAAAAGUUACGGGUGAUAGAUCGCACAGCAAAGAAGACCGGAAAUCUCGAGAAAAAUCGCGCGGGCGAAGCGGCGAUCACGCUCCUCGGUACGAUGUCGACCCACAGCACUGGUCUCCGUACGGAUGUCACUACUUUCCAGAUCCACGCAAUUUCCCAUCGCCAAAGCUGGAAACAUUGCCCAAGGAACCGUUGGCUAAGGGCGAGCAGUACUUUCUCGAUUUGGCUGGAAAUAUACGAAAGGGACCGGUAGGCGUUGGUAACACCUGCUACUGUGCCCCAUUCUUCAAACAUCUGGAACAACGUAUGAACCAGAACCGGAAAAGUAUCCGAAAGUAUGUUCAUCGCGCCACUGAGAAACUCGACAGUCGAAUGACGGCGCUGGCAAUGAAAACCGACGAUCAAAUCGAAGAGUUAACAAAGACUAUGAUCGCCAGCCGUGUACAGUGCGAGAACAAACGAUUACACUUGGAGCAGUGGUUGAAACGUGGCAUAGCCGAACGCUCUACUGGUCCGCACAACACCAAAACCAAAAAAGACGAGGCCAACACCAACACUUUGACGCGUUGUCGCAGUCUAGAGCUACUGGAUGGUACCGAUGAUAUUCUCGGGGAUCGAAUAAAAUCCUCAACGCCGCAGUUUUCGCGUAGCAUAGACUAUCUAGAUGCUCAAGAACAUCUGCCUGAUCAUAGGCGUCCAGAAUACUCGGACCACUUUGAGAGUUCGAAUAAUUCCAAUAUAAAAAACCACUCGGAAGUAGACGAACCCAGUCGAAGGACGCAUUUGAAAAAGUUUGACGCAGAACAUCGGCAAAUGAACGGAAGCAAGCGGUCGUCUUCGGUGAGUCAUUCCGGCCGAGAAAGCUAUUAUUGCUCGGACAAAGAUAACGAUAAAGAGAAAUCUCACGUACCCUAUCAGGAACGGUUACCAACCAACGCGUAUGGUGGUAAUUCUUCCAAAGACGAGCGAAUCGUUGCUUCAUCAGCGGAUUCGUCCAGCUACGAUCACAAAAAUGAGAAAAUUAAAGUCACCGAACGGCUAGAAGAACUGCUGAGCAAAACUAAAAAAAUUCUCGAGCUGGAGAAAAUGAGCAAGAAAAAGCAUAGUGAUAAUAAGUAUAUUCUUGCUCUGGAUAGACUUAAGGACAUUCACAAUUACGACAGUAGUUCUCAGGUGUAUCAACAGGCUGCUUCGAAAAAUGAUUCUAUGAUUCACGGAUAUGAUAUCGCUCAGGAAAUGGAGAAGAUCACCCAAUCGUUGCUACCGGCAGCGCCAGUUUCACCUGAAAUUUCCAAAGAUAUAACCACACGAAAGGAACGCACCUGCAGAAAUGGUAGCGGCGCACCUACUACGAGUGGACUCAUUGUUGGAAGCUCUGAAUCAACACCUCACUCUACAAUGUCACCAAGCUCGUCAUUGUUGGGAGGUAAAAGACACCCCAGUCACCUGAUCAGUAACCAUCCAGAUGCUCAUAUGGCAUCUACAAACUUUUUUGAAGCAAUGUCGGAACUAGCGAGCAACCAGGACUCAGAACAUGAUAUGCAUGUGGACAGCGUAAAUGCUCCGAUGGUUAAUGGGUUUUAUGCCAACAAUUGCUUUGAGGACAUUCCUAGUUCAUCCAACACCACCAUUAAAUCAGCUCCAAAUCACAGUAGAAAGAAACAACAAUCUCAGUUGGAGCAUUUAAACGAUAGUUGUAGUGAUAGCGAAGAUGAUGAUGACGAUGAUGACGAAAUACCCGAUAACGAAGCGGAAAGAAAGGACGAAGAAGCAUGUGAUCAAGAAGAAGAUUGGGAAUCAGACGAUCAAUGUGACCUUUCGGAUAUGGCAAACCUUGCCCAGCUUAAGGAAUUGAAGAGCAGAAUUCUAAACGGUACCAACUGGAGAAGCCAAGUGCUGCAAAAAAGUGUUCACGAACUGUUUCAAAAAGCUGCUGAAGGUAAGGACGAAGAACAGGACAUACACCCGAUAGAAACAGAAAAUAAUGAGGAGGAUCCAACUGAUACUGCAGAAACCAAUCGUGUAAAGUACAUUAUUUCUAAACUUCAAAGUAGCUCUCUUCAACAAGUAGAUCCACCCAAGGACCAUAAUUCCCACAUACAAGAUGAAAAUUACUCAGAUACUAGCGAAGAGGAUGAUCUAGACUGUGUGGAUGGGCCGCCACCACUAGCCGAACGUCCUGUUACUGCUAAAAGUCUGAUAGAAAUGUACGAAAAAGCACUACCCAAGGUCGAAAACCAACCGGUAGCUGCAGUACGACAGCAGUUUUUCAUACCAAAAGAUGCAUAUUUCCAUGAACUGCCAAACAAACCAAAACCUCCUCUAAAACCACCAGACCUGACCUCGCAGCUAUCACAUCCAGGCUUGCCAGCCGAACAAAUGUCUCUAUCAGCUCAUGCCAGAAGCCGAAAUCCACUUCCUUCCUAUCUGAAUGAGAAUGAAAUUUUCAAUCCCAAUCAAAAUCAAUAUCCAACCAUAAACAGUUUCCACAACAGACUGAAUCCUUCCCAUCAAUCUACUCCAGCCCUAUACUAUCCAUCCCAGUCGCCACCAUUCGUAAACGGAAAUGACUACAUGUCCUCCUACCAGUCGCACUACGUACCGCAGAUGCCAUUGCAAGAAAAGCUACUCUCAAGUCGCAAAUAUAUUAACCCAUCGGCUUCCUUUGCUAUCUCCGGUGGAAGCACAGGGACGCCUUCGCCCGAAUUCCCAUACCAGCUUAGCGCAUCCAGCCAAACACAACAUCCUGCGCAGCUCCAUCUACCACAGCAUCACCAUCAUCACCACCAGCAGCAGCAGCAAUUCCGCAAAUCGCAGGACAACCUCUCGAACGAUGACUCCGGUUACAUCAGUGCAAAAGUGAGCGAAAUUCACGGGCCAGUGAUACCACACACCGCCAACAGUGGCAGCCAUUCGCCAAUGCUUCAACAUCCCCCGCCGAUGGAGGUCAUCCCGAUGCCACGACAGUUUAUACCUUACCAUAUAGGCAACGGAACGACCGGUCUACUGGAUGGUGGUGCUAUAGGGGGUCAUACCAACGCGACCACCGGAUCAACCUACGACGAACAGCAACACUACAACCUUGGUGCUUCGAGUUUAGUGUGAAAUGUGUUAGCGAGUUAGUAAUAAUAGUUUUAUUUAAAUUUGUACAAAGUUUUAAGAAAUGUUUUAACAAAAACCAUUUUUAAAUUAUUGAACUGAAGCAGAAUUUACAAUUGAAUUUAAAGUGAUGAACGGGAGGAUUAUGUUAACACAGUGAAUGUAUACUAUUUUAAAAGACCGCAUCGUCUGUUUUAAUCUGCGUUUUAUCGGAUAUUUUAUUAUGACAUGGUUCCACUCGCUGUGCAUUUAUAGUCCAAAGAGUGCA